AUGGACUUGUCACAACUAGCCUUGAAUUCACUAUGCGAAGAUGAUUGUUUGUUGACACAUGAACAACUUGAUGAUGUUGUUCCCAUCGACAUGGACCCUCAAAAUGAUGAAAAUGAAAUUAUUGGGGAUGAACAGUUGAAUGAUGGUGUGGACAGUUGUUGUUCCAAGCUCAACAAACAAUGCGGAGAUGAUUGUUUGUUGACACAUGAACAACUUGAUGAUGUUGUUCCCAUCGAAAUGGACCCUCAAAAUGAUGGAAAUGAAACCAUUGCGGAUGAACAGUUGAAUGAUGGUGUGGACAGUUGCCGUUCCAAGCUCAAGCUCAUAGAUAAAGAGAAAAAUGUUAAGGAACCUAAGAAUGAGAUGUUGUUUGGCUCUAUAGAGGAACUUCAUGAAUAUUAUAGAAAUUAUGCUAAGAAAGAGGGUUUUGGUGUGCCUAGUAAAACAAUCAGAACGAGGUGUAAGGCUACUUUGAAUGCAAAGUUAGUAGGCACAACGUGGUAUGUGACUAAAGCAAAUCUAUGCCAUAAUCAUGAUUUAAGCCCAGGCAAAGCGAGAUAUUUUAGAUGCCACAAGAAGUUGGAUCUUGCUACGAAGAGGAAGCUUGAUAUAGAUGAUAGAGUUGGAAUCCGUACGAACAAGAUCUAUAACUCGCUAGCUGUUGAAGCGGGGGGGUAUGAAAAUCUUACUUUUGGAGAGAAAGAGUGUCGCAAUUAUAUUGCGAAAUCAAGACGUCUUUGCCUUGGCACAGGAGGUGCUGCAGCACUUCGUGACUAUUUUGAUAGAAUGCGGAAAGUGAAUGAUGAUUUUUAUUUUGAUAUGGACGUGGAUGAUGAGUGUCGGUUGAAAAAUGUGUUUUGGGCUGAUGCACGAAGUAGGUCAUCAUAUGAAGAUUUCGGUGAUGUGGUUACAUUUAACACAACAUAUUUGACCAACAAAUACGAAAUGCCAUUUGCCCCUUUUGUAGGAGCUAAUCAUCAUGGUCAAUCAAUGCUUUUAGGGGCAGCAUUAAUUUUAAGUGAGGAUACAGCAACAUUUGUUUGGUUGUUUGAGGCAUGGUUGAAAUGCAUGAAGGGCCGAGCGCCAGGGACAAUUAUUACAGAUCAAGAUCGGGCUAUGAAAAGUGCAAUUAAGAAGGUUUUUCCGAAUGCCCGACAUAGAUUUUGUUUAUGGCACGUACUGAAAAAACUUCCUGAAAAAUUUGGAUCACAUUUACAGUACAAGGCCAUUAAGAGUGCCAUACGAAAUUGUGUGUAUAAUUCUCAGACAUGUGACGAGUUUGAUGCAAGUUGGCAGACCCUACUUGAGUGUUAUAAUCUGGAGGAUAAUGCAUGGCUGCGUGGUUUAUACAAUGAACGGACUUUCUGGGUACCGGCAUAUUUAAAAGAUGUAUUUUGGGCCGGCAUGACUACCACACAACGCAGUGAGAGUAUGAAUGCAUUCUUUGACGGUUAUGUGCACUCGUCCACCUCAUUGAAGGAAUUUGUAGAUCAAUACGACAACGCUUUGCGUAGGAAGGUUGAGAUUGAGAAUGUUGCUGAUUUCAAUUCUUUUAAUUCCACGAUUUCAUGUGUAAGCAAGCUUCCCUUUGAGAAGCAAUUUCAAAAAAUUUACACCCAUGAAAAGUUCAAAGAAGUUCAGAAGGAGAUUACAGAGGUUCUGAAUUGUAGUUGCUCUCUUCUAAAAAGUGAAGGUGGAAUUAGUACCUAUCAAGUGAUGGAACAAGUAGAAGUCAGUAAUGCCUACACGAAAAAAAGUACGCUUUAUUGUUUACUAUAA